AUAAAUUUAGGAAUUAACUACUCAAGUACUUGAACAAGGUAAUAAAUAGUGGUACAAAUCGGCCGCUCAUUUUCGUUGUCGAAGGUCGGCGAAGGAGCAUGGCGCCACCUGCUCAGGACGGCGAGGUGUCCGUCGCGGCAACCAUGCUGGGAAGCGCCGUGGCUGGCAUUCUUGCACGGGUCGCCUGUCAUCCAUUGGACGUCGCCAAAGCGAACCUCCAGGUAGCCGGGCAGACGGCGUACCGCAACUCGUACCACGUGCUUCAGUCGAACUUUCAAAAGGAAGGUGUGCGAGGACUAUACCGAGGGUUUGGCGUCAUCCUGCUGGGCUCUGCACCUGCCACGUGCCUAUACCUUACGUCAUACGACCAAAGCAAAAAGUGGCUAGAAGCGUAUCCGUUGUUCAAAUCGAACUUGUUCUUGACGUCGUUCUCGGCUGGCAUCAUGGCCGAGGCCCUGAGCUGCGUGUUUUGGGUGCCCAUUGAUGUGAUAAAGGAACGCAUGCAAGUGCAAUCGAGGGCUGGCGGCGGUGUUUUUUAUAAGAACACUGUCGAUGCGUGGCAAACAAUUGCUCGAACCGAAGGCCUCCGAGGCUUAUAUCGAGGCUACGGCGCCACGAUGUGGUCGUUUGGUCCCUUUUCCGCGUUUUUCUUCCUCUUUUACGAAAAAAACAAAGCCCUCGCGGAAGCAUUCCAUGGCACAACUGACAACGUGCCAUUUACCUCGCUCUUGGCAUGCUCCGUGUCUGCGAGCGCCGGUGCAUCACUAGUCACAAAUCCCCUCGAUUUAGUGAAACUUCGUCUCCAGAUUGAUCGAAUGCAACAACCAGCUACAGCCCGCUACGUGAAUACCUUCCAAGGCUUGCAUCGAGUUGCGUUGGAAGAAGGGAUGCUAGGAUUGUGGAAAGGAGUCAGCGCCCGUGUAGCUUUCCAAGCGCCACUCACCGGACUCACGCUAGCCCUGUUUGAAAAGUGCAAGUAUAUGUGUGCGUUAGUAGUGUGAUGAUCCAACGUAGUAAUACUAAUAGUAUGUUGAAUGAAAAUAUAACAAUUGACAACGUAU